CGCUUUAAUAUUAUUUAUUUAUGAUUUAAAAAUAACUGUAGAAGUCAUCACCAUAGUCAUCAUCACUAAUCUCUGCAGUAGUCACCACUAGAACAAUGAGAACAACCUAUAAUAAAAGGGUAUCCAUAUCACAAUUAAAAGAUCCAGUAAUUGUUCAAUGAAUGAGGAUUGAGGGUAGUAUGAAGUCUUAUGAACGUUAAUUAGAUUCCGACGCAACGUGAGCACGUGCGCUCCUAUUUGUGGCUCCCAUCGAUUUUGUGAUUAAGAAGAAAAAAUGUCUUCCGAUUCGGAUUUUUCUGAUUCUGAAAAUGAAGAUUACGAAGUCUGCUGUACGCAAGGUUCAUGUGGAAUAUCGAGCGGAAACGCAUUGCCUUUUGACCCUUCGUCUAUAGAAAAAGUAAUUCUUUCAAUAUCGGAUCAAUUCAAUUUCCGAGUUAUUUUAAACGAUGGAAGAGCAAGAAGUGCAGUAAUGAUUACGACAGGUCUAACUUUAGCGGGAGCUCUAAUCGGGAGACAUUAUGGCGGGAAAGUUGGCGCGGCCGUCGGCGGAGCCGUUGGCGGCGUUUGCGGCCUAGGAGUAGUUGCGGUCACGAUGCGAGAGAUCUGGCAAGAUAUAAAAGGAAAACUAUCUGAGCUUUUCGAAAUAGUGUACGAUUACCUAGCUGGCAUGGGUUUGGAUGACUACAGAAAAGCCGCCAAGUUCCUCACACAGCAGUCUGGAGGCAGCGCUCAGCUCGCAAUGGUCAUUAUGCAGGUCGCGACUGACUUGCUUGGCAAGAAAAUUGUAUCCAGUUUGACUGCUAUGUAAUUGUUUUAAGAUGAAUUAAUUUAUUUGAAUAUGUUU